AUGGUUAUUGGUGUUCGAUGUGAAGAGAUUGCUGAGGAGAAGCUCAAACAAUUUACUUCUGAUGAUGAUUGGUUGGCACUGAAGGAAGCUGUUGAAGCUGGUCCUGUAUCUGGGAUUGGAGCAACCCUCAGUUCUAUAUUGGAAAUCUUCUGUUCCCUCCUGGAAAACCACCGGCUUUGCAAUAUUUCUCACAAGAGCCUGCCGGGAGACAUGAGUCCAGGCAAGAUGCUUAACGAGACACAAACUAGUAUUGGAACAUGCAUUGCAAUUGCGGAAGUGGCAGCCUAUUCUUACAUCAAGGCCAAGAUAGAAGAAUAG